AUGGUUCUGAGGCCUGUCUGUGCAUUGUGCACGGACUCGUGUGCUGUCUGUAAGGAUGGCACACCAACCGGCUGUCAGCAGUGCAGCCCCGGCAAGAUCCUGAACUUCUCGAUCGCCUCCAGUGAGAGUGCAGACUGCGUUAGCCAGUGUUCUGUUGGUAGUGAGUGUGCAGAGUGCGUGGGGGAGCUCUUCGUGAGCCUGGACGGGCAGUCGUGCCUGGAGGAGUGCAGCGGGGACAAGGUAGUGGGAGAGGUGUCCGGCGGCGUGCGGAGGUGCUGGUGCGAGCGGGGCUUCCUGCCGGCGCUGGACAGGUCCGGGUGUGUGCUCCCAAUCGAGUGUCCUCCUGACAUGCCGUCGUGUGCUGCCUGCGAUGAGUCGGGCAGGUGCCUCUUGUGUGCCACCUCGGGCCACAACGUUCAAGUAGACCAGCGGACGUGUGCAGAAGGGUGCGGUGCCAGGGCCUCAUCGAACCAGGGGGUGUGUAUGUGCGAGACUGGUACAAUUCUUGAUAAGGGCGUCUGCGUCCCAGCCAAUGAUGUAGCUAAAAGAAAAACGGCGGCAAUCGCAGGAGGGACGGUGGCCGGGGUAGCUGUCAUCGGCGUUUUGGUUGGUUUCCUUUGCUGGUGGUUCAUUUUUAGGGGCAAGCGCACCAGUGCCCCAUCAAAUGCUACGUCCAUCACGCUGAGUCUACGUGGUAACACAGUGCUCGCCAAUGCAUAG